AUGGAUGGUAGAAAUGUGAGCACGAUUACCUAUUUAAUCAUUACCGGGAUCUCAGGCCAGCCUUUGUUACAGCUUUUCUUUUUUCUCCUGGUUUUGCUCAUUUAUCUCAUCAUUCUCGCAGGUAAUACGAUCAUCUUCCUCCUUGUUUGUCUAGAUGAUCAUCUCCAUACACCCAUGUACUUUUUCUUGGCCAACUUGUCUAUCUUGGACAUUAGUUGUUCUACAAUCACUCUUCAUAAAAUUCUUACUUCUUUCAUAUCGGGAGAUAACACUGUCUCAGUUGUUGAAUGUCUUGUGCAAAUUUUUACCUUUGUGUCAUUGACUUGUGAUGAACUGUUGGUUUUGGCAGCUAUGAGUUAUGAUCGUUAUGUUGCUAUCUGUAAUCCUUUACAUUAUCAUCGUGUCAUGAAUUCUAAACUUUGUGUAUCUUUGGCCUCUUUAUGUUGGGUCUGUGGUUUCCUUGAAGGCACACCCGGUUUUAUAAUGCUCGUUAAAGUAACAUGUUAUGAGUCCAACGAGGUAGACCAUUUCUUCUGUGACAUUGUGCCUCUUCUGAAGCUGUCAUGCAAUGACACGUCUCUUCUCCAGCUCUAUAUCCUCACUUUAGCGGUCAUUGUUUGUGGUUUUACCCCCUUUGCCCUUACAUUCAUCUCCUAUAUCUUCAUAAUUGCCACCAUCUUGUCCAUACGUUCUAGCAGUGGCAGACGUAAAGCCUUCUACACGUGUUCCUCCCACCUUACAGUCGUCAUCUGUCUCUAUUCUUCUAUUGCCUUCCAGUAUAUGAGGCCGAUUUCAUCUAUCAAUCUAGGUUCCAGUAAAUAUUUCUCAUUGUUUAAUGUAGCUGCCGUCCCUAUGCUAAACCCCCUGAUCUAUAGUUUAAAGAAUAAAGAUGUGAAAGCUGCUAUAAGGAGAAGAAUGAACUUGGCAGUAGUAUCAAUUAAUAAUCAAGGCCAUAGUGGAAAUAUUAAAACUAUUAAAACUAUAACUUGA